AACAGUGUAGAAGAAUUUUGGCAAAACUUAGGGUUAAGUUCAACCCAGGAGACCCCGAGAGAGAAGGGAGAAGCACAAAAUUUUGUUGAACUCAAGCAAUGAACCCGCUAACCCUAGUGAAACGAAUUCAGAACAUCAAUUCCAGAGAAGCCCAAUUAGGGAUUUCAGAGGAAGCUUCAUGGCACGCCAAGUACAAAGACUCCGCUUACGUCUACGUCGGCGGCAUUCCUUUUGAUCUCACCGAAGGUGAUCUUCUCGCUGUUUUUGCACAAUAUGGAGAGGUCGUCGACGUGAACCUGGUUCGCGAUAAAGGGACUGGGAAAUCCAAAGGGUUCUCAUUUAUUGCAUAUGAGGACCAGAGAAGUACGGUUCUUGCUGUGGAUAAUCUGAAUGGAGCUCAAAUUUUGGGUCGAACAAUUAGGGUGGAUCAUGUGACUAAAUACAAGAAGAAGGAAGAGGAAGAUGAAGAGGAAGAGCAGAGGAAGAGGGAGGAACGAGGUGUGUGCCGUGCUUUCCAGAGAGGUGAAUGUACUCGCGGAGCUGGGUGCAGAUUUUCUCACAAUGAGCAAAGAGCUGCAAACACAGGUUGGGGUGAUCAAGACUCGAAAUGGGGGCGUGACAGGUAUGAUGGCCCAAAACAGGGUGAGAAAAGAUCUAACACUAAUCCGUCAAAUCGUGUUCCAGAGGCUGAAGUUCAAGAAGAUUUACACUCCAGAGGAAAGGGAUAUGGGAGGGCCUUCGAAAGUCACUCUAAGCAAAGUGAUGGGAGGGAGGAAAAGAGAUUGGGAAGACAUGAGGAUGAUGAAAGGUUUGAGCUUAGAUCAAGAGAUCAUGGUAGGGGGGAAGAAAAGAGACCAAGAAGACGCAGUGAGGAUGACGAACUGGGGCAAAAUUCAAGAGAAGAUUAUGGUAGGAGGGAAAAACAGAGAUUAGGAAGGCAAAAUGGUCGUGAAUUGCAGCCAAAGUCAAGAGAAGAUCAUGACAGAAGGGAAGAUAAGAGACCCAGAAGGCAAGGUGGUGAUGUUGAAUUUGAGCCAAAGCUGAAGUCUAGAGACGAUCAUGAUCGGAGGGAAGAUGAUAGAAGGGAAGAUAGGAGAACAAGAAGGCGUAGUGAUGAUGGUGAAUUUGAGCCAAAAUCUAGAGAAGAUCGUGAUAGGAGGGUAGAUGAUAGUAGGGAAGAUAAGAGACUGAGAAGGCAUGCUGGUGAUGAUGAAUUUGAUCCAAAAUCUAAGGAUCAUGAUAGGACAGAAGAAAAGAGAAGGUACACUGAUGAUGAAUAUCAGCCGAAGUCAAGAGAAGAUAAGUGGGAAGAACAGAGGUCAAGAAGACGCAAUGUUGAUGAAUUUGAGCUGAAGUCAAGAGCAGGCGAGGAUAAGAGGAAAGGAGAGAGACUGAGAAGGUAUGAAGAUGAUGAGUUUUAGCCAAAAUCCAGAGAAGUUCGUCGUAGAGAGUAAAAAGGGAGUUAAUGGUGUGAAGCAAAUACGGAUUUGCUUUGCAAUUUUGAUGUCUAUUUCGUGCAAUAACAUCGUUCCUGUUGUAUUUUCUAACUUUAUUUUCUGUGAGAUAGUUUAACAUGCUUUGACCAUCAAUGCUUGUGCAGCUGGGCAUAAAAUACCAGAUUUAGUUGUUUCUAUCUUUUGUUGUUGUGGUCCUCUGUGUUUCUCUUGGGUGAGGUUUAGAGUUGAUAUAUGCCUUGGACCCGCAAAUAGUUGUGCAACUUUGCAUAAAAUCAUUUAUUGAUUCCCUGUUUCUCUUUGUUGUUGAAAUCCAUUUAAAUAGAAAGUUGUAUCUUGGGACUCGA